CGCCAUGGUGCAAGGACGUGAGCGGGUGCUGCUAUUGGUAGCCGUGUCUGCGGUGGUGACGGUGGCGGUGGCCGCAGUCCCACGCCAGGACACCGCUCAGGACGUCGCGGACCCCUGGGACGGCGUCUACAACGACUGCCUGUCCACAUGGUCGCUACCCUGCAUACAGCGCAAACUACUCGUCUUCAUCGACAGAAUCGGCAGGGUCAAGAAGUUGAACCUGGUGGGCGACGCCGUGACGAUGGUAAGGGUGGGCGGAGACCCAGGACCUCCCAUCACAGAGGACGGUCUCCAGGCGAGGUUAUUGCCAGGCCAGGAGUCUGAGGUAGGCGCUCUGCUGCAGCACAGCUUCUUCAGCUUCCUCAGCAACCACGUGCUGAGGUUCAGUUUACCGGACGGUCUGUCAGUGACGUCAGGAGGACGAGCGCUAGGCGACUCCUUCGAGAUCAACCUUGGCCGUGCCUAUGAGGAAGCACGUGGUAAAAAGAAGAAGCAAAUGAUGAUGAUGGGCGCGAUGAUGAUGGCCAAGGCGGCGAUGCUGGGCAAGAUGAUGAUGUUGAUUAUCAAGUUCAAGGCCAUCAAGGCGCUGCUGCUGAGUAUCGUGGCCCUGGCGUUGGCGAAGAUACAGCUGUUCAAGUCACUCAAGAACAGCGGCGGAGGUAAGGGGGGUGGCAAGGAGACCUACAUCAUUAUAAAGGCAGGCAAGGGUGGCGGCGGACACGGCAGUCCCCCGAGUGGAGGCGGCGGAUGGUCUGACAGCAGCGGAGGCAGUGGAGGCGGCGGGGGCGGCUGGAGCAGCGGAGGAGGAGGUGGUGGAUGGCAAGCUGACAGUGGAGGUGGAGGUGGUUGGAGCAGCGGCGGCGGCGGCGGUGGAGGUGGAGGUGGCGGCUGGUCCAGUGGAGGCGGCGGUGGCGGCGGCGGGGGCAGCAGUGGUUGGUCUGGAGGCGGCGGUGGCAGUGGUGGUUGGGGUCGUAACUACGACGCCAGCUGGCUUGCCUACAGAGCACAUGCGCAGAACAAGACUGACACAUAA